GAGACGUCAAAAAUGAAAUUGUCUGCAAAAUGUCAAGAAUCUUUGCAAAGGUAAAAAAACAUACAAUAAGCAAAGAUCACAUGCACUUUGCAAUGUGCACGGGCAAGCUAAGAUCAGAUCGCCAAUUUCAAUAUUAAUAUCACUAAGUCCGAAUCUGCAAAACCGUAAGGCAUAUCAUGGACUCUAUGGAAGCUGGCGUGCACAGACUCGACGAUGGCACUAUCAUCCAUGUGUGCGACUGUAAAUCCUGUCUUCGUAAAACAGGCGGGAGGAAUUUACGUGUUUCCAAAGCUACUUACUUCAGACAUAAGCCCAGCAGAUGCACAUCAAUCUUCCUUCCUCCGAUCGCUCUGAGCAUUGCGCCAGAUCUCCCAUCACCAGAUCUUCGACGCACCCCUCCACCAGCUGCAUCCUCGUCCAGCAAGAGGCCUCAGGAAGAUCUCGAUGGUGGGGGACCUAUAAAUCAGAAAAAGGGACGUUCUGACAGCCCAGAACUAGUGCAUACAUCUGAGCCUGACCCCCACCCUGAUGACGCUCAUGAAGAUUUUUAUCAGUAUGAUGGCCUCGAGUAUGACACCAUACCUGAGGCGCUUCCUGACAAUCGGCUUCCUGAUGAGGUGCUUCUAGAAGAGGACCAAAAUUCCGACCAACCUCGUGGUUCUCAAGGUGUCGCACAGCCAGACCAACAACCACCGGCGGCACCUAUUGAAUCUGGCUUCACUCGCUGUGAAAAUGGAACUCGUCAAUGCUAACACGAUCGACUCGAAGGCUGAUGCCAUCAAGAAGCGACAGCCGAGUACCAAGCCGAUGCGUGUGAGCCCCAAGAUCACGGCGCGGAAUCUUUGCGCCCUCGAGUGGCAGUCAAACGGCCAUCAAAAGGAACCAGCCAGUGUCUUCGCUACUUACUGGAAUAGGUUGUCUACAGCUGACAAAGAGUUAUACAAGCGCAAAGCAGCUGUUCGGCUGUCUGCCACAGGACUGGCUCAAGCAGACGACAACCAGGAUGAAUAGUGGGC